AUGAAUGGAAGCCCCGUCUGGCAUUGGGGACCUGGUUCUGGCAGCCGAGCUGAUGGAGGUGACGGGAGCGUCCCCCUGCUAUGCCCAGCACCGGGGCGGGACCCAGCCGGCCAUGCAGCACGACCAGGCGGCCUACGGCAUCCCACAGGAGCCGGCCGCACGGUGCGGGAGCUGCAGGAGAUGGUGCAUCGGCAGAGCCAGCUGCUGCAGAGCUCGCAGGAGGCCCUGGCUGCCAGCCAGGAGCGCUGCCAGGAGCUGCAGGAGAGGUCGGAGAGCGAGUGCUGGGUGCUGGCAUCGGAGCUGGGCCAGCGGAUCGCGGCGCUGGAGGCGGGGAACCGGAACCUGCGGUGCGAGCGGGACCAGCUGGAGAGCCGGACACGGGGGCUGCGGGAGGAGCCGGAGCGGAGCCGCAGCUCAAUGCUGCACGUCGGCCAGAAGCUGAAGGAGCAGGGGGGCCGGGCCGGGCCUGCCUGGCCAGCGUCCGGGACGACAGCAAGGGGCUGCGGUUCUACACUGGCUUCGGCAGCGCCCAGCGCCUGGCCGCAUUCCUGGCCUUCCUGUCUGAGGGGGAGCUGCGGCGGGGGCCGAACCGGGCCCCCCCAGCGCCCUAGCUCUUCCUGGUGCUGGUGCGGCUGGGGCUGCUCCUGCAGGAUCUGGCCUUUCGCUUCCAGCUCUCCGAGGCCACUGCCUCCCGCUACUGGCUCAGCUGGACCCAGCUCAUGGAGACCCGGCUGGCCCAGGUGCCGGUGUGGUGCAGCCCGCGUGGAGCGCUUCGAGCUGCAGCGGGCGUCCCGGGUCAGGGGCGUCCCGCGGGUGGUGCUGGACUGCGCCCAGCUCCGCUCCGAGGGCCGGGGCCGGCAGCUCUAUGCCCUGCAGGACUGUGCCCUGGCCGCCCCCAGUGGCUUCCUGCUGCAGUGCCGCCCUGCCGGGCGGGGAGGGGGGGGCAGGGCCGGGGCUGCCCCCCUUCCUGCGGGACGGCCCCGUGGCCCUCAGCGCCCAGCAGGGGGAGGCCUGCCUGCAGCUGCUCAGCCUGGCCAGCCUGGCUGA